UAUACAUAUCUAGAUAGAUGGAGCUGCAACGGGAGCCAACCAGGAAAAGGUCAUCCUGUGCAUGGGAUGAUUUCCAAUUGCUGCCGGAUAAUAAGGUAAGCAUGAGUGUUGUUGUUAUUUCACCUGUUCUUACACUGGAAAACCCCUUAAGGGCAAGCCCUCAGGUACAAUGAUCUCGCUAUAGAACGCAUAAUUGCACAGUUGUUGUCCUUGAUGUACAUGUCUGUAGUAGCCACUGCCCAAUUUCAGUGGAAUGGAAAAGUACAUAUGAAUGCAACUUAUGAAUGACUUUUGCUAACUGAUUGUUUCACAGGUUCAGUGUAUGCUGUGUCAUACAAGGCUGUCAUACAACAAAAACACCUCUUCCAUGCUGAGGCACCUAAGAGCCAAGCAUGGAAGAGAGAUGGAUCCAGCACCAGAGAACAGCCAGCAGCCAGCUAUUGCCAAUAACCCAGGUAGGCCUAUACAUGACAGUUAAAAAGGAUUAUUUAUGCCCGUAAGUUUGUUUUAUAUUGCCCUGUGAUACCUUUCAAUAACACUGUGGAUAUUUAUGCAACCUAAUGCAUUGUAAUGUAUACAUUCUCCCUUCCAGGCAAUAGAAAGCAAGACCUUGAUGACUGUUUUGUGAACUUCAUCUUCAAGGAUUCUCAGCCGUUCUCUGUUGUGGAGGAUGUUGGUUUUAAAGAGCUUGUGGCAAAGCUGGACCCCACAUACGCUCUACCAACAAGGAAGGCACUGAAGAACAUGGUGGUAGCCAAGUAUGAGGAGGAGAGGGAGAAAGCCAAAGCUGAGAUCCAGGGUGUUGAGACUGUGAGCCUCACAGCAGAUAUGUGGACCUCCAUCAACAUGGACUCAUAUCUGGCUGUCACCUGCCACUUUGUCAAUAAGAAUGACCAGCUGUCCACUCAUCUUCUGGGGACCAGGAAUUUUCCUAGAACCCACACAGCAGCCCACAUUGCAGCUGAAAUUAAGUCACCAGCACCAGCUGCAGCCUCCACAGGUGUUGACCUGUGGAGACUUUUGGAUCAUGAGGCACACAGAGCCAGGCACAUGCAAAGCGCCACAGCAAAUGCAAUUGUGGAAGUGAACCGAUACCUAGCUGAUCCACCCCUGGAAAGAACUGAUGACGCCCUCACAUACUGGGCCACCCAUAACACUGUUUAUCCAAACCUCUAUGAAUUAUCCAAGCAUUUCCUGUUUAUCCCAGCCUCAUCUAUGCCAUGUGAACGGGUUUUUUCCAAGCCUGGGGAAAUAGUCUUAUCAGGAGCUGAGGAUGAAAUGACGUCAUCAUCGCCGUGGUGA